AGGCACAGCCGGGGACGGGGGGAUUCCCGCAGGGCCCCGGCCGCCCGCUCGCUGAGCCUCCGCCUCCCCGCACGGAGGCGCGGGCGGUGCGCGCGGACUGUCAGCGGCGGCGCGGCCGGGCCGGAGAGCUGCGGCACACCGGUAUGUCCGCCCGCCGCCCGCCGCCGUGCGCCGCCGGGCUCUGGGGCCCCACAGCACGGGAGCGGGGAUGGCGGGGCCGCCGGUGCGCGCAGGGGUCCCGGGUAGCGCCUGAUGCCUUCGAGGCCUGAUGCCUUGGGAGGUCGAAGAGGGCGAAUGUACUGAAGUUCAACCAGCCUUGGUGAUCGCUGGGAAGGCGCACGGCCUGGAGGUUUAUGGCAGCUCAGGAGGUGCCUGGCAAGCGUUUCUUAUCGUAAGGUGGGAGUGAGCGAAGUUGCUGGGUGAAUAAGUGUCUCUUGUCAUCUUACAUGAAAAAAACCUUUGGUGGAUCAUUUGCAGUCUCUUCUUGCUACUGCUUCAAAGUUUCAUCAUCCUUGUCAAGAUCAGGAUAUGGUAGUGCCCACAAAUCAGUAGUGGGAUGAAGAGAUGCUUUUGACAGGAGGCUUGAAAUCUCUCCUUCCCCACGUGCUAAGAAGAAUAAUUCGGUGCAACAGACUCAGUAUUAGCAACACUUCAGGAAUGGCGGAAGGCUAUAAACAGGCCAAUGUUGUGAUUUUGCACAAGUCCCUGGCUGAUGACUUUGAGAAGUUCUGCCAUGCAAACGAUGGACCCCUGCCACUGCUGUACAGAAGUCAACCAGGUGACUGGAAAUGUCCUUCCCUGAGCAGCGAUUCUGAUAUCAGAACUGACUGCCUGGAGUACAGAAAAUAUGAGCAUGGAGUUUGUACUGGAUCACUGAAAAGCCUUAAGGAGUAUUCUGAACAACUCAAGGACAUGGUGACUUUUUAUUUAGGCUGCAGCUUCUCUUUUGAAAAAGCAGUCCAAAAAGCUGGCAUUCCUAUCAGAAACGUUGAGCAAAAAUGUAAUGUAAGCAUGUACAAAACAUCUGUACCAUGCUACAGCAUUUCUAUGUUUCACUGCAACUUAGUAGUCACAAUGAGACCUAUUCCUGAAAGCAAGCUGGGGGCAGCUGUGCUAGCAACCUCUGAAUUAAAAGAAGCCCACGGAGCACCAAUUCACAUAGGUGACCCUGGUCUGCUAGGAAUACAAGAUCUUUCUAAACCAGACUAUGGAGAUCCAGUUCACCUUCACCCUGGUGAUAUUCCAGUGUUUUGGGCCUGUGGAGUAACAGGAAUAGAAGCAAUUAUCAACUGCAGAGCUCCAUUAGCUUUUACUCAUUCUCCUGGCUGCAUGUUCAUUACUGAUCUAAAGAAUGACUGUGUCAGAUCCUCAGGAGGAGUCCCACAGGUCCACUGCAUCUCUCAAGAUCCUCUGCAUUUCAGUAUUGUUUCAGCAGAAGCAGCCCAAAAGAUAAACACUCUAGAGACCCUAAUUGGAAUAGAUCCAGGGGAGCGGGGCAUCGGGCACCUUGCGCGGCCGGGCGAGCUGCUGGGGGCCAGCCUGGCGCUGUCACACGCGGGCUCGGUGCUGCUCACCACGGGCUUCCCCACACACUUCACCCACCAUCCCCCUGAGGAGAACGACGGGCCCCCGGGGGCGCUGGCCAUCGCCGCCAUGCUGCAGGCCCUGGGCACGCGCGUCGCCCUGGUCACUGACCGGCGAGCCAUGGAGCUCAACAGCAGGAUUAUCGAGGCAGCUGUGCAGCUAGGAAUCCUGAAGGAACCCAUCCCUCUACUGAGUUAUCAAAGGGAAAGUGCUGAUUCAGCUCUAAAGUUUUUGUGUGAGAAUGGGAAUCCUGGAAGACCUAGCAGAUUUGAUCACCUGGUAGCCAUAGAGCGUGCUGGGAUGGCUGCUGAUGGCAAUUAUUACAACGCCAGGAAAGUUAACAUUAAACAUCUCGUGGAUCCCAUAGAUGAAUUGUUUUUAGCUGCACAAACCAUUCCAGGAAUCACAACAACAGGUGUUGGAGAUGGAGGAAAUGAACUAGGAAUGGGCAAAGUAAAGGAUGCUGUAAAGAAGCACAUAAAAAAUGGAGAUGUUAUCGCUUGUGAUGUCGAAGCUGAUUUUACUGUUGUAGCUGGGGUCUCGAACUGGGGCGGCUACGCCCUGGCCUGUGCUCUGCACGUGCUGCGCUGCUGCCACCUCCACGAGCGCUACCUGCGCAGAGCCCUGGGCCGCCCGCCCGCCGCGGCGCUGCGGCUGCCCGCGCUGCCCUCCGUGCACAAGGAAGAAAAGCUUCUGAAAACACUUGUGCAGCUCGGGGUCCGCAGUGGCAAAACUGCCAGUCUGGAGAUGGAAGUGGAUGGGCUGCCCUUCUACAACACCCAUUCGCAUAUGAUCGAAAAGCUGCUGCAGGAAGCUCAGCAGUGACUUCCCCUAAUGAUCUCUGCAUUGAGAGUUGCUCCCAUGUAAUUUCCUUAUUCUUGGAAUAAUUUCCUUAUUCCAUCAGAAAAGAUGAUUUUUCAUCUCUGGUGUCUUGACCACGCACAGCCUUUCACUGUUACCCUUCCAGCAUCUCUGUGAAACAAGAAGAGGAUUGUUGCCAUGCUGGGUUUUUCCCCAUGGACUGUUCCUUUACCCCCACGCUAUUGGCGCUGCCCCAGUUGUCAAUCUUGUCUAAACCUGUGCCCCUCUCCUCCCACCUCAUGUCAAUCUUCCCUAGCCCUUACCCAUUCUUCUGGAAUCCUCCACCCUCCUCGGUACCCUGUUGGCUCCCUCAAUUGGUAUCCUCCCCCUGUGAGUUCCUAGUGAUUAAAGCACUGUCAGUGCCUUCCCGGACUCCACCUCCGUGUGAUCCUGACUGGCCCAGUUGUUGUAUCUACCCAUUGUUCCACCCCUGCUUAAAAAUCCUGUGCACGCCUGUUGAGGGCUCUCUGGGCUCCAGACAUGCUGGGUGAGUGAGCAUUGUUGGAGCCCCUGCCCAGGGCCUCCCUCUGCUCCCUCGCCAGAUCCCUGUCGCUCCCGUAGCCGUAUCCCAGCGCUUGCAGCCCUGAGGUUCUGCCUGCAGCCGCUUCACGGCUCAGGCAGUUCCCCACUGCUGGUCUGUGCCUGUAUGCCACCCCCUGAGCUGGCCAGGACACCAGGGACCAGGCAUGGCAUCAGAGGGGAUCAUCCACUUGGUCUGCCUUUUUUUUCUGUAAUUUUAUAAUGGAAAAUGAAUAUUAAGUGGUAUUAUAUAAUAAGAGGUGAUCUGGCUUUUACAAAGAAAGCAUGAAAUUACAAUGAGCUAUUAUUGCACUACUGUUCUUGUUUUACUAACCUCAUAACUGUACAGGAAGUAACUCUCAUAGCAACUUGGAUUUAAAAAUACUUGUGGUGAGGAAAACAGCUACAGUAGAGAGGGAAAAUUCAAAAAAGCCUGCAGUGUUACAGUAGUGAAUGCUCCAUUGCACAAUUCCUGUAGCCCCUCUAACACUGUGUUCUUAUGAUGGGGAAUAGUUUGUGGAAGUAUGAGGAGAUCAGGAGAAAAUUUUAACUGAGCUAAUGAAAACAAAGGCAGCAUUGCAGAGCUUCUGUGUAAAGGGUCGGCUGUGCCAUUAGCCCCUGUCACAUUAGUAGUUUGCCACUGACAUAUUUUGCCACUUUAGGGUAAUAGAGAAAAGUUGUAGACAUUUCAGAGUAUCCUGUUGUUUCAAAGAAACCAAUUGAAUACAAAAAUAAUUAUUUAAUUAUUGGAAAUUAAAGUAUGAUUAGAAAUUAAUAAAUAUUUGCAUUCAGUCUGAAAUAACAUUACGUAAAUAAACUUUUACAUGAA